AUGCCGAAAGACACAAGACUUAUGGGCUAUGCAGAUGAUACAGCGGCGACAAUAGCUGUUCGCGAUCUUGAGCAAGCUCAUGGUCCAAGUUUAGCUAUCCAGAAGACAGAGAUCGUGAUUUUAACUACAAAAAGAAUUGACGUGGAAAUCCCUAUACAGGUGGGAACCGAGGAGGUGCAGGCACAAAAGGUAGCAAAACACCUUGGCAUCUUGCUCGAUAAUAAGCUCACCUUUUGGGAGCACAUUAAACGAGCGGCUGACAAGGCAUGCACGGUUACGACAAAUCUAAGUCGUUUAAUGGCAAAUGUAGGAGGUCCAAAAUCAAGCAGGCGACGUCUCUUAAUAUCAGUGACGCACUGUAUCCUUCUGUAUGGAGCCGAAGUUUGGGCGGAUGCUGUUAAAAUAGAGAAAUACCGCAAACGCAUGGCAGGGAUACAGGGAAGAGGAGCCCAACUAGUGGCAUGUGCUUACCGCACCGUCUCGGAACCAGCGGCGCUAUUGAUUGCCGAAGUUAUGCCAAUUGAUCUGCUUACGGCAGAACGCAAGGUGGCAUAUGUGAAGAUAAACGAAUGCGGCAAAUUUGAGGCCAAAAGAGAAGCCAGAGCACAAGCUAUACAGAAAUAG